AUGGCUCACAAGGCAGCUUUCAAGGCAUUAGACUGGUCAUUCAGAGACAUCAGGGACUGUCAAGAACCAAUGGGAGGUGUCAUGUUUCUGUUAUCUGGAGACUUCAGACAGACUCUGCCUGUAAUCCCAAAAGGCAAGCGGGCUGAUAAGGUUGCUGCAUGCCUUAAGGCCUCCCAACUUUGGCAUUAUAUAAGAAAGCUGACACUUUCAACAAACAUGAAGGCACAACUGCAAGGUGAUGAGACAUCAGCAGGUUUUAUUGCUGCCAAUUUGUUGUUGGGUGGUGGAAAAGUCCCACUCGAUGGAGAUGGUGCAGUGGACCUCACUGGGAUUUACAGAUGCAGUAAGUCAAUUGUUGAGUUAUGGACAUCUGUUUUUCCUAAACUUGAGAAGAACUGCACAAAUCAAGAGUGGUUGUGUGAAUGUGCAGUAUUGGCUUCAGAAAACUACAUAGUUGGAAAUAUCAUGCUGUGCUUGCCUGGAAACCUUGAUUCUAUGGCUGAUUCGGACGAAGUUGUUAAUUACCCAACAAAAUUUCUUAAUUCCCUAGGCCUCCCGGAUUGCCACCACACUUAUUGCAACUUAAGAAAGAAGUCCCUGUAA